AUGGCACAAACCAACAACGGAAACAAAAACACUUUACGAUCGAUUCUUGAGAAAGAAAAACUUAACGGAACAAAUUUCAUCGAUUGGUAUCGUAAUUUGAGAAUUGUCCUCAAAGCUGAAAAGAAACUGUAUGUCUUGGAGCAACAAAUCCCUAAAGAGCCUAAUUCCAGUGCUCCGAGAACUGAAAGGGACACUUUCAAAAAACAUGAUGAGGAUGCUUUGGACGUCUCAUGUCUAAUGUUAAUAACCAUGAAACCUGAUCUUCAGAAACAACAUGAAAACAUGGGGGCGUUCGAUAUGAUCGAACACCUAAAAUUUCUAUUCCAAGAGCAAGCUAGACAUGAGAGGUAUGAAACAUACAAGGAAUUGUUUUGUUGUAUAAUGUCUGAAGGUAGUCCUGUUGGCACUCAUAUGCUUAAAAUGAUUGGGCAUAUUCAACGCCUUGAAGGACUAGGUUUCUCUUUACGAAAGGAGUUAGCCAUUGAUGUAGUUUUACAAUCGUUGCCAAAUAGCCACAGUCAAUUUUUGAUGAACUACAACAUGCAUGACUUUGACAAAACCCUUCCAGAAUUGCUCAACAUGUUACGAACUGCCGAGCAAGAACUUGCAAAGAACAAAUCCACCAUUUUGAUGGUUCGUAAGGAUAAGAAAAGGAAAGGCAAAGUAAAGUCCAUUGCCAAACCCACUUCUAAAUCUUUGAAGCCAAAAGAAGGCAUUAAGAAAUCCAAGGAACUAAAAAGGACUAGAAGGUUGAGCAAAUGUGAAGUUGAUCUACACGUUGGAAAUGGGGAAAAGAUGUUUUAA